AUGUCUGAAGAAACCAACGUUCAAGUAUAUGUAUACGACUUAUCCCAUGGGUUAGCCAGGGUGUAUUCACCUAUGAUCCUAGGUGUAUCCAUAGAUGCAAUCUACCACACAUCUGUUGUCAUCCGUAAUAAAGAAUACUAUUUAGAUCAAGGAAUCAAGGUCAACUCACCACCAGGUAACACAAAGUAUGGAACCCCUAUAGAAGUUCUAGAUAUAGGUAAAACCUACAUAGACGACGAAAUAAUCAACGAUUUCCUAAAUGAUCUCAAAAACCAUGAAGAUAUGAAAUACCAUGCUAUGAGUUACGACUUGUUUACUAAUAAUUGCAACCAUUUCACCGACGUGUUCAUUGAUUUCUUAUGUGGCAAGAAUUUAGAAGAAAGAAUAUUGAACCUCCCAGAAGUGGUACUAAACACACCUAAUGGUCAGUUACUACAACAAAUGAUUGGAGGAGGUGUAAAUUUUUAA